GGUAUGCAAUGCACCCAUCCCAACUGUAAGAUGAACGUGCACAAGAAGUGUUGCAAGAAGGUGCCCCCUCUGUGCGGUAUCUUCCAGCCCGGCAGUCAAGUGGAUAAGCUUGCCGAGGCGAUGGCUAAGGCGAACAACGAGAGCAACUCUCUGAUUACCAGUGUGACAGAUAACGUCAAUCUCCGCGAUUUCAACCUGCUGUCUGUGCUGGGACGUGGUUCGUUCGGAAAGGUCAUGUUGGCCGAGCGCAAGACCACCAAGAAGGUCUAUGCGCUCAAGAUGAUCAAGAAGUCGGACGUGGUCGAGCACGAUGACUACGAAUGCGCUAAGGUGGAGAAGAAUGUGCUGAGUGUCUCCAACGGCUGUCCAUUCUUGGCGCACUGCUACUCCACUUUCCAAUCUGAGGACCGUCUAUUUUUCGUGAUGGAGUACCUCAAUGGUGGAGAUCUCAUGUUCCACGUGAUCCGCGACGGCGCUUUCCCCGAAGUUCGGGCUCGUUUCUACAUGGCCGAGAUCGUGCUCGCCUUAGACUACUUGCACAACAUCGGUGUAAUCUACCGAGAUCUGAAGCUGGACAAUGUGCUGUUGCACUCAUCUGGCCAUGUCAAACUGGCUGAUUUUGGAAUGUGCAAGGAGGGUAUCACCCCUGAGAACCCUUUCACCAGUACCUUCUGUGGCACCCCGGAUUACAUUGCACCAGAGAUUCUCAAGUACGAGCCUUAUGGCAUCUCAGUCGACUGGUGGUCUCUGGGUAUCCUGUGCUUCGAAAUGUUGACGGCCAGUCAAACUUUCCAGGCAUGUACGCGUUUGAUCUCCGCGUUCCUGAACCGUGACCCGCGCAGACGCCUGGGCUGUGGUCCCAACAAGGCGAACGACAUCAAGUCGCACCCCUUUUUCAGGCGAUUGGACUGGAAUGCCGUAUCUUCUCGUCAGGCCACACCACCAUUCGUACCUAAAGUGAGUGGUACGGCGGACACGGCUAUGUUCGAGAAGAAGUAUCUAACCGAGAAGGCAGCGUUGACCCCACUCAACAAGAAGACCAUCGGACAGAUCGAUCAGAUGGAAUUCCAUGACUUCUCGUUCGUCGCCCCCAAUUUUCUCUGA